CACUACCAGCUCCCAUCGUCAUCCUGCUCAGUCGUUCCCCAAGAUGCUUACUUAUACGGUACAAUGGUACAUUUCAGCAGGUAGUGUUCUCGUCAAAGCUACACUUCGGCUGGAUAUCACCUGAUUGCCUAACGGGACAUUCCCUAAAAUGGGCCAAGAUCAUUCCAGAGAUUCUCAACAGCUGUCUCUAGAGCAGCUUUCUUCCAAGUUGACGCAACGCUUCGCACAACAGUGCUAUACACCGCUAGAGCUCUAUUGCUUCAACUCUGUCUUCAAAUCCCUUGCAGACUCACAGUCAGGUCUCCACUAUUGGAGCGAGUCUACAUUAUGUCGUUUCCUCGAACUACCGGACGCCCUAAACGUAGGACCAGUACUGUUCCAGAUGGCUAGUUACAUCGGCGCAUUUCCCUUCCCUACCCAAGCCCCAGCAAUCUUAACAAAUGAGGCACUUCUCAAGGUCGUUACAAUAUUGACGGAAAGAUAUGGAGCAGUUUUCAAGAGAAAGAGUCGCAGGAUUUGGUUAGGAGAGAUAUACAGAAGUAUGGCAGUCUACGAUCGAGGAUUGCAAGCAGCAUUACAUGGAGAGAAAAAAAAUGUAGCAGAAAUGUCCUCUACAAAUCAGACUGAGGUCUCAAUGAUCAAAUCAAAUGCUGAGAAGCGUGGCUCCAGUUCUACGCAUAGUAACGACCUGAAGUUCGCAAUAGAUAAGACAGAAGACAGCGAAGAUGUUUCAGAAGACGACGAUCUCGUCCUCGCAGCCUUCGAUUCUAUGGACCUUAACGAUACUUUCAAACACGGAGAAGUAGCAAACAUCCACCAUUCGAUUAUACCGAGCGACAACCUUCUCAAAUUACUUGAGCUGCUUCUUCUAUCGGCACCGAUGGAACCACAUGACAAUCUAUCCACUUUCGCACUACAGCUGUCGGACAAGAGAAUCGUAGACAUUAGAGCCACUGCAAAUAGUGUCUUGUCAGCAUUUAGCAUCGAGAAAAAUCCCGGCGUCACAUUCAAGCACUUUAAUGUCGUGAUCUCGAGCGCACUUCCGUAUUUGUUUGAUGGGCUACGGCCCCUAUUCGAACAUUUCCUUUUUGCAAAAGAUUUUGACCUUUCGCGAAAAAAGGGCGAGGUAUCGUCAUCUCCACAGUCAAGUUCACAGCACUCAAUAUCCGUAGACAAAAGGGUCUCCAUUCCAGAACCGGUCCUUCAAACCGAAGGUGAUAUUAUGAAUCUUAGUACGCUCAGCCAACUCUCGUUUAUCAUUAAGGGAAACAACCUCUUCAGAAGGCUCCGCCUUCUUUAUUCAGGCAACACUAAUGGGUUCAGCAUGGGCAGCUUCGAAAAGUCAGUCUUUAAUUGGCGUGCUCCGUCGAUAUUGUUGGUUUCAGGGACUCUUCUUGGUGAUCCGUUAAGUGCUCGAGAGCGUGCUAUGCAUGAUUCUCUGCCGCACAGUCGGCUGAAAAGUAGUCUCACAGAGACGAGCAAGUCAACCUCUACGACGGUCACCUAUGGCGCAUACAUCUCACAGCCAUGGAAGCAAACCCACAAAUCUUGCUUUGGCGACUCUGGUACUGUUCUAUUCCAGAUCGCUCCGACUCAUGACGUCUUCGGGCCGUCUAAGUCUACGUCAGAUUACGUAUACUUCAACCGGGCACCUACACAUCCUUCCGGUCUGGGUUUUGGCUCAUCUAUACCGAGCCAAGGUCGUGCCAAUAUGCAUUCAUCCAACCCUGUUCCCAUACCUCUUGGGCCAGUCUCGCUGCAUCUUGACGAUGGUUUAGAGUUCGCGACAUUCACGCAUCUGAGCGAGGGUGGUGGGUCAUUCUAUCCCUCUCAGCUGCCAAUCAGGAAGGCCAGAAGCUGGCAGGAUCGCUUUGAGGUCGAGUCUCUAGAGGUAUGGGGCUGUGGUGGUGACGAGGAGGCGGAUGCUCAAAGAAGACAAUGGGCAUGGGAAGAACGCGAAGCUGAGGCUCGUAGGAAGAUCAAUUUAGGAACAGGUGAUGUCGAAAUGGACAAAGAAUUGCUGCGAAUGGCAGGCCUGAUAGGUGCGAACCAGAGCGGAGGCAGUAUGGCUUAAAUUCAUC